AUGUUUGUGCCGCACAAAGACAUCCACUCUACCUUUGAGCAAUGCUCAGCCCUCCUUAGACUUGCCUACCUUUACCUUAUUGCUACUCUCGUUUCAGUCCAAGCGAUAUCACCUGCUGUUGUUGAGUUUGCCAUGGAGUCAGUCAACGGCAGUUUGGGAAACCUUUCGACCAUCAUCAUCGGGAAUAUCUUUCCCAUGGUCCAGAAUGCCUGCAAGUUCGAUUGGCAUGAGCAGGGACUGUACAUCUUGUCGUGGCUUCAGCAGCUGAAAAUGUCCCUCCCCUCAUCGCUGCAUCAGCUGAGGACAUCCUCUCAGCUGUCCCUCUUGCUGAGUCCUUACGCCGCCCUCCUGGGCACCACCCUCUUGGUCUGGUAUGUCGGAACCAGCGUAGCUGCGUGGAUUCGACUACGUCAUUUCCCGGCCGCCUCUUGGCUGGCAAACUUCUCGUACCUCUGGCUGGCCAAGACGACAUACAGCGGCAGGCAGUAUUGGGUGCACCGGGACCUGAACCGCAAGCACAAGAGCCCUCUCGUGCGCAUCGGGCCCAACGAGCUCAUCACCGACGACCCUGACAUCAUCCGGCGCGUCAGCGCGGCGCGGAGCGGCUACGUGCGCGACACUUGGUACAUCACUGGCCGCUUCAACCCCUACCACGACAACAUGUUCACGGUGCUGGAGCCCAAGGCGCACAAGCAGUUCAAGUCGCGCACCAUGCACGCCUACAGCGGCCGCGAGCUGCCCGACUUUGAGGCCGGCAUCGACGAGCAGGUCCAGAUGCUCGUGGACACGCUGCAGCGCAAAUACGCCGCCCCUGCCAAGCCGACCGCCAAGGGUCGUCAAGGUGCCCUGCUCGAUCUCGGGCCGAUCUCGUGCUACUUCACCAUGGACGUCAUCACGCGGCUGGGAUUCGGGCAGGAGUUUGGCUACCUGCAGUCCGAAACGGACCUGUACAACUUCCUUGGGGGCGUAAAGGAUCUGUGGCCCCGCAUGUCCACGUCGGCAGACGUACCUUGGAUCCGCAAGGUCCUGUUCUCCAAGUUCUUUCUGAAAAUUAUCGGCCCCGGGCCAAAGGACAAGAACGGCUUUGGCGCCUUGAUGGCCGAUGCGCAGGAUCGUGAAAUUUUCCGCGUCCGCGACGAGCUCAUCGCUGGCGAGGGCAAGGAUGUCAACUUCUACGACUACGUCGGCGUGGCUCCAUCCGCAUCUGUUGACGAGAUCGGCAAAGCCUACCGCAAAAAGUCACGUCUUUUGCACCCGGACAAGGUCAAGCAACAGCUCACCGCCGAGCGCACGCGCCAGGCGAAGGAAGACAAGUCCAAGAAGCCCAAGCCUCCGACCCAAGCCGAGGUUCGCGCAGCGGUGAAGAAGGCCUCGGAUCGCCAGGCCCGCCUCUCAAUCGUGGCCAAUAUUCUCAAGAGCCCGUCUCGCGACCGUUACGAUCAUUUUCUCAGCAAUGGCUUCCCGACUUGGAAGGGCACCAACUACUACUAUAAUCGCUACCGGCCCGGCCUGGGCACAGCCAUGUUCGGCGUGUUCCUCUUCGGCGGCGGACUUGCGCACUAUUUGGCGCUUUACAUGAGCUGGAAGCGCCAGCGUGACUUUGUCGGCCGCUACAUCAAGUUUGCUCGUCAGACGGCCUGGGGCGACAACCUGAACAUUCCCGGUGUCGAGACCCGCGCCCGCACGCCCCCGCCCCCGGUCGCUGCUGACGACGACGAGGGAGCUGGCCCCGCCAUGGCUAUGAACCGCAAGCAGCGCCGCAUGCAAGAGCGCGAGACCCGCCGCGAGGCGUCCAAGGGUGCCGUCUCUAGAACAGCUCGUCGUGCUCGCGGCAGUGCUGCCGCCAGCGGGAGCGCUACGCCAACGCCGCAGGGCUCGGGCCCGACGGGCGCAAAGAAGCGUGUCGUCGCCGAAAAUGGCAAAGUCCUCGUCGUCGAUUCGCUCGGCGAUGUAUAUCUCGAGGAGGAAAACGAGGAUGGACAUGUGGUUGAAUACCUGCUUGACCCGAAUGAAAUCCCCCAGCCCACUAUCCGCGAUACUGCUCUUGUACGACUUCCCAUGUGGGCUUACAGCCGGACGAUUGGUCGUGUACUUGGUGGCAAGAACUCUGUCGAUGAGGCUACAUAUGACGAAGACGCCGAGACGAACCCGCUGAUGGACGACAACGAAGACUCUGCCUCGGAGCCUGGAAAGCGCACUCCCAGCACAGAUUCAGCCGAGGACUUUGAGUUAGUAGAAAAGUCUGUUGACUCUUUGGGCCAGGCUAAGUCAAGCGGCAAGUCGAGUGGUAACAAGCCCGGCAAACGCAAGAACAAGAAGAGGUAG